GGCGGUGAAAGCUCAGCGCCCGGCGCUCCCGGAAGUUGUUACGCAAUCGUUUCUGGGGCAGGGUGAGGUGGAGGAAGAUUCCCAAUGGGUCGUAGCCGCAGCCGUUCUCCAAGGAGGGAGCGCAGGCGGUCCCGGUCCACGUCUCGUGAGAGAGAACGCAGGCGCCGAGAAAGGUCCAGGUCCCGGGAGAGAGAUCGUCGAAGGAGCCGCUCUCGAUCUCCGCACAGAAGACGCUCCAGAUCCCCAAGACGGCAUAGAUCCACAUCUCCUUCCCCUUCUCGACUAAAAGAAAGAAGAGAUGAGGAAAAGAAAGAAACAAAAGAAACAAAGAGCAAAGAACGUCAGAUUACUGAGGAAGACUUAGAGGGCAAAACAGAGGAAGAAAUCGAAAUGAUGAAGUUAAUGGGAUUUGCCUCUUUUGACUCCACAAAAGGGAAAAAGGUGGACGGCUCUGUAAAUGCCUAUGCCAUAAAUGUGUCUCAGAAGAGGAAGUACAGGCAGUAUAUGAAUCGAAAAGGCGGAUUCAACAGACCUUUGGAUUUCAUUGCAUGAGAACUAAAAUGUUAAAGAAUGGGUUUUUUUUCCUCAUCUUGCUCAGAAGAGUGGAUUUUGUAUUUCGUAUUUAAUAUUCAUAAAAAAACAUGAUCACAGUCUUUACUCCCUGUAAAAGUAAGAAAAUGUUAUUUAUGAUGUGUGCAUUUCACUUACCCUGACUCAAAAAAAGAAAGGUUAAUAUUUUUUCCUUUUAGGAAAUGUCAUUUGGGGCAAUCAUCAACCCCAGUUUUUUGUUUUUAUUGUUGUGGAAGCUGUGUAUGUUUUCUUCUUGGAUGCUCGUUAGGACUUUUGAAAACACAUAAAAGUAAUUUGGAUGUAAGUUUCUCAAAUAAAGCAAUACUUCUACCCUUUUGUAUUUGAUAAAUAUUUUUAUUACUAAAUAAAAUUAUCCCCCUACACAUUUUUUUUCCUACAUAGAUUUAUAUUUCAUUAGUAAUUUAAAAAUAACUAGAUUUUUGUAUCUUCUGUGGUUCUUUCCCCAACUAUUUACCCCAUUUAUUACCUUUCCCCCAGUUAUUAUUUCCUUCAUUUAUUUUUUCCCCUUUUCAAAAGCAGUACAUGCUUAUUAUAUAAAAACUUAGAAGAAACCAAAAACUAAACAGAAAGGCAAAAAUCGCCUAUAAUCUACCCCCAGAAAAAUCAAUAUUUUGGUAUAUGUCUUUCCAGCCUCUAUGGUGUAUAUUUAUUGACACCACCCAUGAUAGUGGAAUUUAUAUGCUGUUCUCUUGCUAAUCUUUUUUCUCCCAUGUACUGUGAACAUUUUUUAAUAUUCUUAGAUGUUCUUUAGAAACUUUUAGUAGCUACUUGGUUGUAUAAUAAUUUAUUAACUAAUCUUUUAUUAGUAAACAUUGGCUUCCCUCCCAUGACUUGCUGUUUUAAUUAAAACUGAGUAGUAUCCCUGUUACAUAUA